GUGCUUAACAGGCUAUGUCUCUAGUAGAAAUAUAAUGGGAAAAUAAGAUUUAAGAAACGUCAAAGAAAAAUUAAAAUUCAAUAUGUUAAAGCCAAUUUUUUUGCUAAUAGUCACAUUAUUCAUAAUAAUAGACGCUAGAAAGCAUCAUUUAGAGAUAAAGAAUGACAUUAGACAGUAUAUAUCGUUGAGCUCAUUUGGAUUCUAUAAGCAAGCACAUCUAAUUGUUAGAGUAUCAGAAUUUAAGUUACUCCAUGGACAGGAUAAUAGUGUUUUUGGAUUAUCACUUGAUAAGACCGUAUCGGAUGCGAUGCGACAAAAUACAGAUCUACAUCAGGAUAGAUGCUUUUUAGAAGAGAAGAAUCUGAUCAUGCCAACGAAUGAGCCUGUUGUUUUCUUUAUUAUGAAUUUUCAUACCGAAAAAGUGACGAUAAAUUGCUCAAGGAAUUGGCACAAUAUGGAUAUAUUUCCAGAUUUUAAGAAAGAUGUUCACAAUGAUCCAGUUCAAUAUAGUAAUGGAUCUUUCGAGUGUAAUAUUCCGUCAUUAACGUUGACAAGAAUGAGACAAGAUGAUACAUAUAAAUAUUUCGAGUUUAAAUUCGUUAUGUUUGUGAACACAGAUGAUGAUGAGGGUCUGUAUAAUUUAUAUUUCCAUGCCUGUCCCAACUAUGAUCCAGAUCCGAGAAGAACCUAUUUCUUAAGCUUCAAUGUGGAUAUUGAGGAGAAUAAUAAUGGAAAUUAUUUGUCAGCAACAGAAAUGCCAUUGCCAAUUCUAUACUUUUUGAUGUCAGUGAUAUACUUCCUAUCUGGACUAUUAUGGAUAUAUGUUUUGAGACAAAGCAAGCAUCCCGUCUUUAAGAUUCAUUACUUAAUGGGAGUUUUAGUGUUUUUGAAGUCACUUAGCUUAAUGUUUCAUUCCAUAAAUUUCCAUUUCAUUGAGAUUAAGGGAGAACAUGUCGAGACAUGGGCAAUACUCUAUUAUAUAACACACUUAUUGAAAGGUGCCUGCCUGUUCAUCACAAUUGUGCUCAUUGGAACUGGUUGGACAUUCAUUAAACACAUACUUAGUGAUAAGGAUAAGAAAAUCUUUAUGAUUGUGAUUCCUCUACAAAUUCUUGCAAAUAUUGCCGAAAUAAUCUUCGAUGAGAGUGAACAGGGAAGCUUAGAGCACUCGACAUGGCGUGACAUUUUUAUAUUAGUUGAUUUAUUGUGCUGUGCAGCAAUUUUGUUUCCUGUCGUGUGGUCAAUAAGACAUUUACAGGAGGCAUCUGCGACUGAUGGAAAAGUUGCUUUGAAUCUUAAGAAAUUAAAGCUUUUCCGACAAUUCUACAUCAUGAUUGUGUGCUACAUCUAUUUCACACGUAUCAUUGUAUUUCUACUGAAAAUCACCGUUCCAUUCCAAUAUGCAUGGCUCGACGAGUUAUUCAGAGAGAUGGCGACAUACGUAUUUUACGUUCUAACAGGCUAUAAAUUUCGACCAAUUACACAAAGUCCAUAUUUUAAUGUGAGAGAUCUCGAGGAUGACGAUGAGGUCGAGGUUUUGACACAAACUGGACUCACAGAAAACAUUCGUAAUGUAACGAAUAGAUCAAUAGGAUUAACUGUUGUGGAAUCGUACAAUGAAGACGAAAAGGAGAACUUAAUUAGUAAGCGAGAAUCAAGCCACGAGUAUGAUUAAGUUUUAACGUUACAUUCUAGAUUGUUUAAAACAAGAAAUACUGUCGAUUGAUCAAAGAACUAUUAUCACUUUUUUUUUCGUAUCAUAAAUGUGCUUAGGUAAAUUUGUAUAGCGUAUUAAUCGUGUGAUUCAAUAAACUUUUUUGUACAUAAACGUCUAAUUUACCAAAUAAAUAGAAUCACUUCAAUUUUAUUUUCUUUUCUUCUUUUUACUU